UGUAAAGGGCAUUUGCGGAACAGUUGAUAAAUAUCUGCGGAAUAGAGGUUCCAGAGGUUCGUCCUGGCCGCCGGAACUACGACUUCCAGCAUUCCCUGCGCUCCCGGCGCUCCCGGCUUCCUCUUCCGGUCUGCGGGCAGCUGAAACCGAAAGUGUGGAGCUGGGCGCCGCGCGGAGAUUGGUUCACCUUCACCUGCGCGAGCCCCAGCCGACCGGGUGGGAGGCCCAACGAGCCCUAAGACAUGAACGGAAGAGUGGAUUAUCUGGUCACUGAGGAGGAAAUCAAUCUGACCAGAGGACCCUCGGGGCUGGGCUUCAACAUCGUCGGUGGGACAGAUCAGCAGCAUGUCUCCAACGACAGUGGCAUCUACGUCAGCCGCAUCAAGGAGAAUGGGGCUGCGGCCCUGGAUGGGCGGCUCCAGGAGGGUGAUAAGAUCCUCUCGGCCCUAUUGCAUCUGACAGCCAUGAAACAAAAACAGAUGUUAGCAGUGGAACAACCCAAGGUUGAGAUGAAGGCUGGAAAUGGAGACUCCUCACCCAAAGUUUAUUUUCUGUGUGUGAUGGUAAAUGGCCAAGACCUAAAGAACUUGCUGCACCAGGAUGCUGUGGACCUCUUCCGGAACGCGGGCUAUGCCGUGUCCCUACGAGUACAGCACAGGUUGCAGGUGCAGAAUGGGCCGAUAGGACAUCGAGGUGAAGGAGAGCCGAGUGGUAUCCCCGUAGCUCUGGUGCUGGUGCCGGUGUUUGCCCUCACCAUGGUAGCAGCGUGGGCCUUCAUGAGAUACCGGCAACGACCUUGAACAGCGUGCUGUCUUCCAGUGUUCCCAAGAGAGGAUACAUUUCUCUCUCCCUCUCACCCUCCUCCCCUGCCAUUCUCCCAUAUCCUUCCCUCUCUCUGCAUAGCCAACCCAUCAUUUCAAGAGACUGCUGCCAAGCCAGGACCUCACCAUCCAAAUCUCCAAGUCCUUAUAUUCUAAUGGGAGAGUGAAGGCAUUGUUUGAAGGAAGGUUGAAGAAAGGACUUGGCUUGGGACAAAUGGGGAGUUAAUCUGUUUUGCUAGGACCACCAAUAGAAGUUCAGCUAUGACCCAAAGAGGGAAAGGCCCAGUGUCCCCACCAGCAUGGGCCAUACCUGUUUCUCAGCUGGCAUGCCUCAGAGGCCAGCUGCGUGCUGCAAGAGAAGAGAGGAUUUUUCUUCUUCAUGGUCUUCCUUGGGAAGUUUUUGUGGCCUUUAUUUAAUUUCUAACUACAUACUUGGGUGCCUAUAUCAAACACAGGAUAGUGAGGAGAGCAUUUUUACUUUUUUAAAAAAGCAAAUGCACACACACACACACACACACACACCGAUAGAUGGCAGUAUAAUAGUGAGGCCUCAUGGAGAAUUAAACAAGUGGAAAGCGGCUCUGUGGUUUCAGGUGUCUUAUAAGGGAUGUUCUUAAUGGAAGAAUUUGAUACAUAGCAGGAGUGAGGGAGUGAACCUUAAACAGGUGCCCAGAAAGAACCAGAGAAGACCAAACCAACUAAUCAAAAACCUUAGAACAAUAUUUCUUCCUAUAAGAGGUGUGGCAAAGUGGAGGUAAAAUGCCAUAAUCUAGCUUUGCGUAAGUCCAUCUGUCCCCAACCUUUGAAAUAUAAAGAUAAAUCUUACUGGUCUCUGGGCUGCCCUAGUGACUUUUCCGGUACCUCGUGGUCCUGUUUAAGGAUCAGCUGGGGUGGUUGUGGUCAGAGCUAGGGUGAUGGGGCCAAACCAACCCAGAAAAACCCUACAAGCCAAAAGGACAGUACCUCCAAGGUGGCACCUGAAUCCUCUGGCCAUUUAACAGUAAUGGCAAAUUCUGAGAGAAGGAGCCGCUCCCUGGCCAGACAGGCAUGAAAUCAGCUCGGCUUAGGAUUCAGGUGAGAGGGUUUGGAUCACAGGUAGUUUUGCAAGGAUCUAAACACUGACUGUAGCUUUUAACGACCAAACCAUUUUGCAGGGAAGGGGAAGAAAAGAGUUCUAUUUUGGUGGGUAGGGACCUUUGAUGGCUGUUUCAUGGGGAGACUUGAGAGAAGGAAGUGGGUGAAUGGGUGCUCAGGAAUACCAAAGACAUUAACGAGGUAGGAACCAUUCCGUUCGUGUGCUGCUGAAUGUUGGUUUUAAAGCACUAACUAAGGAGAGCUGAACCAAGGCUAAUUCUCUGGCUUAAAAAGAAAUCAUUUCCACCCUCCAGAUAGCCUGGCUGGCAAGGCCAUGGGCCUUACCUGAUCCCGACAGCAGGAAGCAUGAAGACCUGCCCUGAGGUAACCAGUAGUGUCCGAUGUUUAGCAUGGAUAAUCUAGUAAAUAUUUUACACAUGUUGGUUGGACACCAGCUUUGUUAAGACACUUUUACAAAGAAUGUCAAAUAUUGCAGACAGCAAAAGGGAACUGUUCCUGAGACUCAGAGCACUUAAGAAAGUUCCCUGGAGAAAGGGGACAAAUUCAGGACUGUGGACUUGAGCCCAUAGUCUAGUUAAGGCAAUUCACAGGUAGAUGCGAAGUUAAAAGUGCAUCAUCUGGUUACGUAAGAGUUGAAAACAAUAAAUGGAUCGACAUUCAGAGCAUGAUGUAGCAACAGAGAUGUAGGCAGCCACCACUUUUUUUUUUUUUCAGGAAUUCUGAAAAAUGACAUCAGGCCAGAGUGGAAAGGGAGGGCUUUUAAAAAUAAAAAUCUUAGUAGGACCUUGCCUCUGGGCCAACCAUUGCUCUAGGGAGAAACUUGCUUUAAACAGUCGCAGUAGGACUUGGGCCUUUAGACCUGGACUGUCUAGUACCUUUGAGACUCACUUGGACAGCUGUCCCUGGAGGGCCCACAGGGCAGCACGGACGCUAUUUCCGGUCUCCCCGCGGCCAGCCCGCUGUGGAGGCGCAACGCCGCGUCUGGAGGCUGCUGCUUCCGCAAAGGGCCUGCUUACCUCCCAGGAUUCAUCCCAGGGUUUGGACAUUGACACCUGAGAGAACCUUGAGACAUUCAAAAUGAAGCAGAUAGCACGCCUGUCCCCUUGCUGGUAGAAGUUUUGCUUUGUCUAAUAAUUGGGAUUCUUAUGCACUUUAAUAAUUUAGUUUCUUUCUGGAAUUCAACAGCAUUGAACAAUCCAUGAUUUGGGAUUUAGGCAAAUAUGCCAUUCAACUUUUCUGAUUCUCUAGAAAACUAAAUUAUUAUCCUAGAUGAAGUAUUGGAGUCCAUGGUAGGUCAUUUUAAAAAUUCAUGCUCUUUAUAGAUUGAAUCUAGUAUUCCCUUCACUUUAUAAAUUGUAUCUAAUAUUCCUGCCACCUAAAUUACUAUGUUCAAAGUUUUAAAAGUUGAAUGAAAGUGUUUUAAGACAAAAUACUUAAAAUAUUUCUGUAUGUAUCAUCUUAAAUGAAUAAUUUUAAUAAGACAGUGUUUGCUUCAACUGUCUGUUCAUUUUCUGCCAAGUUGUAGUCUGUGCUAUUAUUUAACUUAAUUCACACCAUCUAGCCAUGUACAAUGGAAAAGGAAAUACUCGUUACCACAUUUUGUGCGAGGUAGUGUACUAAGUCCUGAUUGUACACUAUUUGUUCAUGAUUGACAUCUCUGAGAUCCAAAUGUUGUUUAAAAAAGACACUAAAGGAGAGCUAGUAAAUUACUUUGCUAAGAUCACAUCGGUGGGAAUGAUAGAAUCAGGAUAUGACGCAGGACAUCAGGUGCCACUGUCAAUGAUAUUUCUCACAGCGGUUAUCAAAGUGUAGUCUCUGGAGAAAAGCAUCAGCAUCACUGGGGACCUUGUUAGAAAAGUAAGUUCUUGGGCCUCAUCCCAGACGUGCUGAAUCUGAAACCGUCCGGCACCCAGUAAUCUGCAUUUUAACAAUCCCUCCAGGUGACUGGUUGACAGUAAACUUUGAGAAUCACUGCUCUAUGCCAAUAGUCCCCUUUUUCUUAGGUUAGAAUCAUCUGGAGAGCUUAGAAAAUUCUGGUUCCCGGGUGCACCUAGACCAAUUCAGUAGAUUCUCUGGGGGCGGGACUCAGGCAGCAGUAAAAUAAAGUUCAUUAGGUCAUUUUGGUAGGCAGUGUUCGUAAACAAUGCCCUGUGGCAUUUAAAUUAUUAAAUAAAUAAAUUCUCAAACCACAUGCAGUCGUUGCUUCACUCUUAAGUGAGAAUUUCACUUGGGCCUUUUAGAGCCAAGCUCUCUGUGAGCUUCUGCCCAAGUGUGGACGUGGAAUAAGAAGUGGAGCAUUCUGUGGCUUCUGACUUGCCCAGGACUGGCCAGCAGUAGUAGUGUUUCAGUGUGUGCAGCCAGGAAGUUAAUUAGAGCCAACGCAUAGAACAUUGGUGCAAAAAGGGAACUAGAAAAAUUCUAGGAUUAAUCUUAGAGAUGAGAAAAUUGAAGCUCAGAGAGAGAAACUGGCUUAACUCAGAUCAAAGACUUAAGGUGUCCUUUCUGGCUCCUCUUUAUGUCUUGAAUGUGUCCACUGCACGGACAUAGACGACAUCCUUUUUGUCUCAGUCCACUUGGAUCUUCUGUCUUUGGGCCUUGAAUAGAGGCAGGAAGAGCUGACAGCUGAAGGGUACUGCAUGCUUGUGCAAAACUGGGAGAUCCCACACAGUCCUCUGCCAAAGCUCUAAUAGCAAGUUCAAUCACACGAGCACUUCUGAACUAAAUACCAGUAGUUCUAAAUUAGAGAAGUGUGUGUUUUGAUGUCGGACCUUGUUUUUAUUAUGUAAAUAGCGAUUUAAACGGUAUAUUUAAAGAAAUGGAACAACAUAACCAUUAAGCUGUCAAGUAUGAAGGGGGAGUGGUAUUCAUGUAAUUUCAUGUGGAGCCAAUAAAGAUUUUAUUCUAGUCAAUUUUAGUCAGAAUUUAUCUUCGGACAGAUGAGGGUUGUUUCCUUCAACAAAUGAAUGCCUAGUAUAUACUAGGUGGUGGAUACAAAGAUAAGUAAGAUACAGUCACUCUAAGCUGAAAUAGCUCAUUAUCUGAUCGUGGGGGAGUAUUUGUUGGUGAUCUUGAUGGUAAUGUAUUUUGGUAGCAUCGUCUAGAAGUGGGUGAUUCAGUUAUGAAGCUCAACCUCUUAACCUAUAAUAGGUCUUGACUUGGUUACUAUGCCCUUUUGCUGUUCCUCUUUGAUCUGCAAAUCUUUUUGGGACCAGCAUUCACAUCCAAAAGGACAAUUGUGAUCAGAAGGAAAACAGUAUUUUAAGGAAUUCUGUUCUGAUCAGAACCAGGUUCUUAACUGCCACAAACUCUUGCCUGAUGCUGACAUUUAUACACACACAUACUAUAAAGCACUUGGUCUGCUGACCUGAUGCACUUGGGACAGUAUCAAUAUAAAAAAGUAUAUAAAAAAGAAAGUAUUGCUGUGUCUAAAGAAGUUAUACAAACACUAGGUCCUGUUUCUAAGCAUUUUCCAUACUGUUCAUGUUCUUUUUGCAGGGGGAAAGGGGAGGGGGCUAGGGCCAAAGUAUGUUUUCAAAUGCAAGAUAAUCAUUAACAGAAUCAUUUACAAAAGAACAUGUAUUUACUGUAGUCAUUAAAUUUACUAACCAAUCACAGGAAAAUGGGAUGAUCCUUCUUCCUAGUGUAUAGAUUUUCAAAUUGAAUUCCAAUUUAAUUCUGUAUUUGCAAGGCCGAUUUGAAUAUGAGUUUCUUAUUCCUGAGUAUAUGUGCAUUUCACCCACAGGCCAUGUUAGUUCUUAUAAGGUUAUUUUCCUUAUGAACCUUAUUUUGCUUCCUUUCCGCUUUGAUCUUAAUGUCACCUUGCAUGCCUGGAUCCGAACAGCUCUGCGUUUCUCAGAUUAAGUAGAUGCCCUGCUGCAGCUUGGAAGACACGUGGACAUGAGACCUAUCUCCUAGGGAAUAUCAUCACAGAUUAAAUGUGUAAAAGAAGCCAUUGAAGUAGCUGAUAAUCUCUCCUAAGCUUUGCUAUUCGAUACCAGAUAUGGCAAAUGAAACAAUAGUAUAUCUAACUGCCUAGCUCAUAUCGGUAUUCAAUAAAAACUCAUUGCAUUUGUCA